AUGACCAUGAUCAUUGUCUCCAUCUUAAGCAACAUUCCUAUGCUUCAGUGUCAAGAAAAUGGGCAAUAUGCAACCUGUGGCAACUCAUUUCAGUGCGGAAACAUCCGAAACAUCGGCUAUCCUUUCUCGGGGCAGAACCGGCCAUCGUUCUGUGGCCACCCAGGUUUCCAGCUGAACUGCCAAGGUUCUGCCCUGCUCAUCACAAUUCAGUCAAUGGAUUACCGAGUCUUGGCAAUCGAUAACCGAACACAGACUCUCACAGUUGCAAGACACGAUAUGUGGAACAAUAUCUGUCCAAUCUUUUUCUAUAACACCACUAUUGAUUUCCCCAUCUUCAACAAUGCUUCCAAUCAACAGAACGUGACGCUUCACUAUGGCUGCAUUGGUUUAAAUCCAGUAUCACCGCUUCCAAAUCAGUUUUAUUGCUCUGUAAUUGGAGGUUAUGGCCCCAAUUAUUUGAUGAUUGGGCUUAGCCCAGUCAAAUUCGGGCUCAUCAAUGCAACUCCAAUUCCACUUCCAAUUCCGCAACCUUUGCUUGCUACUGCACUGAUCGACCUUAUCCACUCGAAUUUGUUCAUAAUGGAACUGGAAAUGGUAUGUGCCCCUCAUCUUCUUGGUCUUGUUUAUGUGAAACAGUAG